AUGAGUCUAAUCGAUCCUCCCAAGAAGAUGCGCAACACUGUAGACGUUGCGGAACAGCAACGCGAUCUCAAUGAAGCCGGUUAUGCUGCUGAAUACGAAAGGCUUGAAAGUCUGUUAGGCGCAGGGAUGAGCUCGAUCACUGAGAGGCCAUUCACAUACAAUUCGGCACCGAUAGGGCCGGGGAGCUAUUCAAGACAGCCACGCGGGGAACCCAAUGCAGACAUCACCGUCCUUCAGGCUCGCAAUGCUCAGGAAGAGGCUGAGAAGACCGGCGACAUUGUCGCUGUUGCAGAGGUUCCUGUUGACAUCAGCGAAUCGUUCGGAGGUGGCGAUUUUGAGACGCGGAGCAUGUUGGCUAGCUCUACGCGUCAGGACAAAAGUGAAGUGCAGAAAAGCUACUUCUUCCCCAAAGAUCCGGACAUGCCAUCGUGGCGCCCUUUGACCAUGGGAUGGCCAUGGAUCGCGAUGCUUACGUUCAUUGCACUUGCGCUGGCUGCUCUUCAGGAGUUUUUGUGUCAGAUGUCCAUCAAGAAAGAGCAAAAUGGAGAUGGGCUGGCAAAAUUCAAAAAGGCAGAUGAGCUGAGCCUCGCUGAAUUCUUCACAUGGAAGUACGCACCGAUUAUCGUCUUCGUCUUCUACGGUAUACUCUGGCAGAUGUCAGAUUUUGAGGUUAAGCGACUAGAACCGUAUUACCAGCUUAGUCGUAAGACGGGCGCUACCGCUGGAGAAUCGCUCAACAUGGACUACCUCACCUUCAUGAGCUGGCUUGUGCCACUGAGGGCCUUGCGACAUAGGCAGUACGCGGUGAUCUGGAGUUCUUUAGGCACCUUGGUCGGUAGCAGUCUGAUCCCUGUGCUCCAGUCGGCCUCAAUCAAGGUGGAUCCCCCGAAGAACAAGCGAAAUAGCGGCGAAUGGAAGUUCGUCCGCAUCGAUCCCCCCUGGUCUCGCGCUGUCUCUGGAUGUCUAGUCUUCGUUGCUAUAUGCGGAGCAGCGUUGAUGUACGCUAUGAGACGUAAAAGUGGCCUUCUGUCUAAUCCUCAAGGGAUUGCGGGUAUUGCAGCCAUGGCUACCAGAAGUCACAUUCUCACCGACUUCCACGGUCUGGACGAAGCACCCCUUGCAAAGAUCCACAAGCAGCUACGUCAACGCCGCUAUAUCUUACACAAAAGCAGUUUGUGGCAAGGAGAGUACAUUCGCAACUCAAAGGAGAAGCCCCACGAACACAGUGCAGAUCCCCGUCCUCUGAUGCUGCGCCUUACUUCCGGAGUUGCUUUCGUCGCCUAUAUCGUACUGUUUACUGCUGCCAUCCCCGUCUUCACCUUCUUCGAGCCAACGAGCGUCGUGACGGACAAAUUACCUAUCCUCCUAACCGGCCUCGCGACUAUCGUCAGGAUCCUGUGGAACACUAUGAACUGUGAUGUUCGUAUGCUCCAACCAUUUUACAUUCUCUCGAAACGAAAGGCUCCCGCAAAAACACUCACACUCGACUACGCCGGCACGAACCCGCUCUUCCUUCCUAUCAUUGCUCUCUUCAAUAGACACUGGCUCGUUGCUCUUGUCGCGUUUGGAUCGGUGCUUGCCGAGAUCCUCACAGUAUGUGUGUCAUCCAUCAACGUGGACGGCACGCGAUUUUUUCCUGGCCAGGGCGGCGACAAUGAUCACAAACAGGACCCCAAAGACAGACACAAUCAGGAGCAGACAUUCCGUUCCUUCUGGAUCUCCCUGACCCUCUCAAUACUUAUCCUGCUGUAUCUCAUCAGUAUCGCGAUUCUGACGUACACACGUCGCUCCCACAAGUUCAUGCCUCGGCAGAUUGGCACAAUGGCAUCGGUCCUUGCCAUGAUAUACCAGUCCAAGAUGCUUUUGACUUUUGUCGAUACCGAGAAGCUCUCCAGCAGCCAAAUGACAAAGCACCUCGAGAAACAAGGGAAGACGUAUGCGCUGGGAUGGUUUUUGGGACGAGACAAGGACAACCAUUUAGGCAUUGAUGAAGAGCCGAUUCUUGACAGUUAUGUGUAUGGAGAAAAGUAUAGGGACAAGAGGUUGCUGGGUCAUCAAAUUGGGACUUGGGAGCAGUACUGA